CUAUAAAAUAGAGUUUAGAAAUAAAAAAAAUCUCCAAUUCAAUUUUUUUCUACUCUAUAAUAAAAUGAAAUAUAGAUUUACUCUAUUUGUAGAAUAAUUUAUUUAUUUUUGUUUAUCAUUAUAUUUUCCACUCUAAAAUAUAAAAUCAUUGGAAUAGAAUUUAACUAUAUUAUAAAGUUAUUUUAUUUUAGAAUGAAAAGUAUUAGAGUGAACAUGGUCUAAGGGGGACAUGAUCACGCGUAAGGAAGCUUGAAAAGAACCCUAAAGGCAAUAUUUUGUUUUGUUUUGCGUGUACCGUUGGAUCAGUACGACGAAGGAUCAGUAUGGACGUCUUCUUCUUAGUCAUUCUUGUCUUUGUUUGAUCAGUAUAGGUGAGUUUAUGUAGAGAACUUUGUAUAAUGUUUUUGCUUUGGAUUUAUGCAUGGGAAAAAUACGAAAAAUUAUUCUAGAAACAUUUUUCACUGUUAUCAUAUAAAUAUGUAUUAAGAUAUGAUUAUAUGAAGAAUAUUGACAUUUGACUUUUUGUAAUAAAAUAAAUUAACUAAAAGCAUAGUUUCACAUUUUAAUAGUACCAACAUCAACUACACGCUUGUCCCUAACAUACCGGACGAUAACCUACAAAGAAUGUGCAUCGGUCAAACAUGUUUUUACAUUAUUCAUUAAAUAAACAGGCUACAAUGUAUGUAACUUGAAGCUCUCAACAUAUUUGUAAAACCUCUGUAUAAAUAAACCAUAAAGUCAAAACCUUUGAAAAGUCUUUAUACGAAAGCUUGUACAACUAGCUUACCUCUCAAUCCAUGGUGCAAUUAUAUAAAAGCGAGAUCUCAACUCCUGGAUUUGACACCUGGUAGAUUCUGAAUUGAAGAUGUAUGUUACAAGACGUCUUUCUGAGUACCAGAGGAAUCCGUUGGAGUUGGAACAGCGGCCACCAGAAGGUCCAAACUCUGGAGUACUUGUGAUUCAAGACGAAGAGUCAAGACCCCUCUCUUGCUUUGGGUUGUGCUAUGGUCAAGAUCUAAAAGGCUUGCCGUUCCCACAGAACGCAAAGCUGACGGUGAGCUAUAGUGACGGAGAUGACUCAUAUCAUGACCCGGUCUUGUUCAUCCCGGUUCUCGAUCAGCCCUUAUCUUCAAACUGUUAUUAUGUCAUUAUAAGACGUGGGAAGCAUUCAGGAGAAGCAUCGGAAAGUGCCAAAGAGGAAGACAGAGUCCCAUGCUGCUUUUGUUUCAACUAUGUCCCUGAAGCUAAGCCACGACAAGCAGAUCCUUAUGACAUAUACCAACAAUUCGCUAUCCAUCAACGAAAGUCUUAUUAUUACUCUGCAACAUCCGUUGCUCCUGACGGGGUGCCACCCUGGUUCCUUAAAAGAAAAAACUGGAGGGUUGGGUACUCAACUUCCCAGGACUUCGGUCUAAUAGAUGAUGCAAAGGGAAUUAACACUAUGCGUCGUUCAAAGCUUCCUGGUGAUUUUAAUACAAGCGUUGUGGUAGGGAAAUGGUAUGUUCCUUUCAUAUUUGUGAAAGAAAGAGACGCAAAGGCUCAGAUAAAGAGAUCAACCUAUUACAGCAUGACUCUUAGACAAAGUUGGGAAGAGGUUUACUCAUGUUGGAAGGUUAAUUACAACGAACAAGACAGAGAGGUUGUAGUUGAUGUUGAAGUAGAAUCAGAAUUGGUGAAGCUUGAAGGGCAAGUGAUUGGAAAAGAAACCAGAGGUGUGGAUGAAAAUGGGGUUGUGUGGUUCGAGAUUGCAGGAAAGAAGAUAGGUUUAAGAUCAAUGGUCGUGGAGAGGAUGAAAUGGGAAGAGGAGAGAUUUGGAUGGUCGAAGGAAACUGAUGACAUAAAGUCUAGGAUUAAGAGAUCAGAGAUAUUUGACGGCAAUGCAAUGCUUUGGCAGAGUUAUAAAUGUUAUGUAUUGGUAGAGAGCUUUGAAUUGAAGAGAAUGGAUGGGAGUUUGGUGUUGACAUUUGAGUUUAGACAUGUUGAUAAGUUAAAGAGCAAGUGGGAUUGAGUUCAAUUCAUUUAUGUUUUCAUUGUGUGUCAUGUGUGCAACUGUUGAUUUAAUAUCUUGGUGAAGAAGGUUCAUGCAUGUUUUUGUAAUAAUAUAAACUUAAGGUCAUGUUUCAUGUAAUAUCAAUUUUUAUGAAUCUAAAUUUGGUUGCUAAUUUUCUAUGUUGGGUUUGGUAAUUAAUCUUUUAUCAACUAAAUGUAAUUGGUAUUUUUUUUUGUUAAUUAGCUACCCAUUUGGUUAGACCAAAUUGUGUUGAGACAACACUGUCUUUCAAGGAACACUUCUAUUUGACUCUGACUCAUCUAUGUGGGAGAAAAUAAAGCAUAUGGUCUUAGCAUUUUUCGCUAGUUGGUAUGUCCGACCAUUCUCACUCCGGUGAAUAUGAUACAGGUUCAAGGUCUCGAAGUUAUCCUAUAGACAUCGGAAAGUAUCAAUCUUUGAAGCAAAAUUUGGCCAUUCCAUCGGGCUCGUGAUUAUAUCUACUAGGUCUGAGCAGUUCGACUCGAAGCGGAUGGAUAAAAUUCUCAUGUCUCUCAUACAUGAGACUGCCCAAAGUAAUCUUUCUAUUUCAACGUGUAAAACCGAAAUUCUUCUGUUGAACACACGUAGUCCGGAUGAUUCAAUAUCCAUAUGAUCUUUAAAAUUCCACCCUAGACCACUAACAUUGUCAUUACUGAUUUAUGAGGCUUCGAUUUAGCAAACUGGGAUUCAAGGUAUCCAAUGGGGUACUUCAGCAACUGUAGUGUGAGGAUCAUCAUGAUUCUUGUCCACUGCCUUUUUUUUUAUUAAUCUUUUUCUAACUUUCUGCUUCAAAGGAACCUAGUUGGAGAUAGUUUAAAUUGUGGAGAUGACUUUGUUGUUAAAGAGUUUGUCAUUUCUCACUUUCUUACCAAUAUAUCUAUGGGAAAAUGUCGAAUUAUGGUUUGACUGGAGCCACCUCGUGUAGUUGAUAUUUUGGAACUCGAAAGUGGAUAAACGCAAAACUAAGGUUUUUGAGCAAUGUGAUUUAAAUCGGUCAAAAAGCCGAUCGAUAUAAUAAAAAUAUGUAAUGUAGCGAUCCUAAUAUUCAGCUUAACCAAAAUGUUGUUUCUGUUGAAUUUCAAAUGAAUAAAAUACUAACAAUUCGCUGAUUAUAAAAACGAUAUGAUGUGACAUAAGAACUGACUGGAAAAAAACUUCAAUAAAAUGUUUAUUUUAUAAGACCUUUUUUUUUGUAAAUCCUAUAUUUUAUAAGACUUCGAAAAAGUCUUUAGACAAACUUCUCUAAGUCUUUAUUUUCUGUUAAAUGUUUUUUUUUAUUAUCCUACUCUAUAUUAUAUAUAGACCCAAACCACAACACUGAAUUCCUACAUAAAACAUUUACAAGUUAAAAACAAAAAAUGUAUGUUACGAGGACUUUGUCGGACUACCGAACAAACAGGAAGGCUCCGGAAGGUCGAAACUCCGGCGUACUUAUAAUCCAAGAUAAAGAGUCAAAGCCAACAUGUUGCCUCGGAUCUUGCUACGCGCCUGGGCUCAAAGGCUUACCGUUUCCACAGAACGUGAAGCUGACUGUGAAAUACAACAUCACAGUUAAUAGCGUGACCACUACUUAUCGUGAUCCGGUCGCUUUCAUCCCCGUUCUUGAUCUAAUGUUACGUUCUAACUGCUACUACGCCAUUAAACGAAGCGGGAAACACUCAGGGUAUGGCUUAGAGUCAGAAAAAGUCAACUUUCUUAAUUGUUUUAAUCAUGUGACUAUUACAAGGAUAUAACAGACAAACCCCUAAUUUUCAUAGCGAAAUAUUAAGAAAAUUUUAUCGGAUUAGCAUAGUGGCUAAAACGCUUGGACUAUCGAAUACUCCCAUCUC